GCUAUUGGGCCUUAAGUUUUUAGAAGCCUAAAUUGUGUCGGUGAUGUAGAUUAUUUAACGGAAGCCCAAAGCGAACAAAAUCCGCCGAACUCUGAGAAGGCCCAGAAGGGACGAAGUGGGAGUCACCGACUCACCGAUCACGUACCCUUCCCCCCAUCUGGACUGUAUCGGGGUGGAUGAGCACACAGACGGCGCCGAUGUCAGUCUGAUUAGCAGCAAAGAUUCGAUAGUGUGUAACCACGACGGAUCCCUAGAACCCAAAUCGACAACAUAACACAACCCAUCUUCUUCUUCAACUUCAAAUUCCUCCAAGACAACACUUGAAAUCAGCCCCAUCUUUUUCUUCUUCUUCUUUGCUGGUUUCUCCUUUGCACUUGGUUGGAAAUGUUGGACAAAAUUACUGAGAGGCCUCGCACUUAAAAUCAAACAGCACACAACAAUAGUUCUUUCAUUUUACACGAUGCAGCGUUUAUCGGCUACACGCUCGAGAAUACACUCUCUGCUGACAUCAAAACGAGCUCUGUCAAAAUUAUCUGUGCAACCAAAACUCCGAACGCUGCAAGCUGAACCAAUUCCAGGCAAUUUCCUUAAAUGGGUAUCGCUCGGAUCCAGCAGGAAUUCGAGUUUUGCCACAGGGUUCAAUCCGUUGCAGCGGAAGCCAUUGGAUUCAAUUAUGGAUAUCGAGCGGGCUAAGAACCGGUCACCUGAGGACCUUGCUUCGAUAUGGGAUGAUUAUCACUUGGGACGUGGUCAUAUCGGUGCAUCUAUGAAAGCCAAACUCUAUCACUUGUUCGAGCAAAGAGCAGCAGAUUGCAAGUAUUUUGUUAUCCCUUUGUGGAGAGGAAGUGGUUAUACGACAAUGUUUGCUCAAGUGCAAAUGCCACACAUGCUUUUCACUGGUCUGGAGGAUUACAAGGCAAAAGGAACUCAAGCUUCACCCUAUUUCACAGUAACUUUUUAUAAUGAAUUUGCAGAAGACAAGGAUUUGGUGCUUAUCCGUGGAGAUGUUGUUUUCACCAGCAAGCUCAGUGACACAGAUGCGAAAUGGCUUUUAGAGACCACUCAAUCAUUUUAUUUAAAUGAUGUGAGGUACAAGCUGGUCGAACAGUUCAAUAAAGAAGCUCGUAGUUUUGAGUUCAAGGAUGUCCUACGAGCUUUGGAUAUGCCCAUGUUGUGAUUAGUACCUAAGGAACCAGGAUGGCUUGGGAAUUAACUACUAAUCACAUUGUGUUUGGGCAUGUACCGGUGAAAUAGAUUGCUUUUGACCUUUUUUUUAGUCCUGUCAACAAGGGUUUAGGCCUGGACCCAGACCUGUUUAGCAGGAUGCAUAGAAAAUAAUGGGCUCACAAACAGUUGCAUAUUUGAUCACUCAUUUUAGAGGCUGCUAAACCAGAGGUAACUUUAUCAUUGUCAUUGUAUCUUUGCUACAAAGAAGCUCAAUGUAGGUUCUUACUAUGUUUGCCCACUUACAGCAACUGCUGUUAUGGAGUUUAUGAUUAGCCUGUAAUCAUAUGUAAUGAACAACUUUGGGGAUGGGAACGUCAGAAUUUGGUUCUUUGCCCUUUUCCAAUCUGUUGCAGAUUCUAUAUCUUGUGUUGAAUUGUUGACCUGUUAUAACGUAAGCUAUGUCGUCUUGCCUGA